AUGUGGACACUACUGUGUUCGUCAGGAGAAAUGUAUCAAAUUCCUGUCAACGACUUGACAAAACUCAGAAAAGCCAGGAAACAAGUGAAAAUUGCACUUGAAGACAUUGGAUUGGAGUACUGCAAGGAGGCAGUAAAUGAAUACAAAGACUUCAGUCCCGGUGAGAGCAUUUUUAAUGAGACUGAGUUGACUGAUGUCUGUGUCUGGCAUCGGGCAUUUUCCAAAAUACAGGACUAUCGAUCAAGGUCUUAUUGCUGCAGGGAUUGUCGAUUUUCUUGUGCAACCUAUAAAGGUUACAAGAAUCACUUUCGCCAUGCACACAAGCAAUUGUUCCAGGAUAGCGCUCUUCUCAACUGUGCGUACUGCACAUUCAUUGCAAGCAAGAGAACGUUGGACAUUCAUGUUAGGGUAUUCCACAAAGACAAAUUGGACCAAAAGCUUUCUCGGAUGAAUGCAAUCAAACAGAGACAACUGGCCCCAAACAACCCUAACGUAGGUCCAUCAAGGUCUUUGUACUUUUGCAAGAAAUGCACUUACCGUGACAGUCUGUACAGUGCUGUGAGACGGCACAUCUACCGUGAACAUUUUAAGCAGGUUGCCGCACCAUAUCUGCGUAUGGUUCCCAAAUCAAUGGUUCCAAAUGGUGCGCCUUUUAACGGCGACAGCAUUCUUUGUAAACGCUGCAAAUUUACCACGAAAACCUAUGAGUCACUGGUGCAGCAUGUGAUCGAAUACCAUGAGCGCAUAGGCGCCCAAGUAAAUGCUAUGAUUGGACAUGCUAAUGUUGUUGCCUCCAAUUUGCCAUCAAUGUCCCAGAAGUCUUCCGUGAUUAUCAAUGGGGGGUCCUCACUCGCUGUCAAUUCCAAAGCUCAACCAGUCAUUGGCUACUUAAAGCCCACUGGCCCUGGUUAUAAAAGUCAGUCUUCUGGUGAAGCCAAACAGCCCAAUGUUAAAGCUCCCCCCAGUAAUGUGGCUGACAGUAAAGCGGCUGGUGUCAACACAUCCCAUACACAGAAAUGGAAGAUAUGCACAGUGUGCAAUGAGCUCUUUCCCGAGACCCUCUACAGUGCUCAUUUUGAAAGUGCACACAAAGCUAGAAUAGUGUGGGCAAUGGCAAAGUAUAUUAUGAAAAUCCACAACUUUACCAGCAAGUGUUUGCUUUGCAACCGCUACCUUCCCAGCGAUUCACUGCUUAACCACCUGCUAAUACAUGGGAUCACUUGUCCACAGUGCCACUCUGCUUUCCAUAGUGUUGAGAAACUCCUUGAACAUGAGCGCCAGGCUCACCUUAAUGUUUUUGUUGGACCGCCUGGUUCUGCACCGCUAACUUUUGAUCUCACCAUCAAACAAAAUGUACAGCUCAAUAUUCUCACUUUUAACAUGAAAGAAUCUGAGAGCAAAGACCAGUCCACUGCUCCUCUUGUGACACCUUCCAUUGCAGAAUUGCAGGCUCAAGCACGGGAAAGUAUGUUACCUACAGAUUUCAAUGGCUCUAACAAGAACAUCUGUCCGCUUUGUUGCACCCCUAUGAAAGAAGAUGUGGUGAAUUCUUUGGCUAUUCACCUAAGGCAGCGACAUCAGGUGCUCCAAACAAUGCAUCCAGUUGAAAAGAAGAUGACAUUCAAAUGCAUCCACUGCUUGGGCGUGUACACGAGCAACAUGGUGGCUUCCACAAUUACACUGCAUCUCGUCCAGUGCAGAGCGGUAGGAAGAAAGCAGUCCAUUCAAACUUCCAAAUCAGCCUUGGCACUUAACUCAUCAGGAUUAAAUGUGCUCAAGAGACCACCACCACCGACACGUGUGGCCACGUACUCCAAGAAGAUCAAACUUAGCGCAGGGCCAAUGCUCCAAUCCGGUCCUUUGAGGAGAACUGGUACUGGACAGCUUGGUAUUGAUCCUAGAGUCAAUGACGAAAAGACAUUUGAGGCUCGAAAAAAUUUCCUUAAAUCGUACUUCAAUCACAGACCGUACCCUUCCCCUGAAGAACAGAAGAAACUUUCUGCGAGCCUCUGGAUAUGGAAGGCUGACAUCUGUAGACAUUUCGCAACAAUGCAAAAGGAUUGCAAAAGUCAAUGUGAGAAAUCAAACCCUUCUGUGCUGCUUGGAUUUGACAUGGAGGCCCUCAAGAAAGUGGACCACGACAUAACCUUUCAGAACAUCUCUGUUGAAAGCACUUCGAAGGGCAGGCGUGCAGGACUCAAGACUGGUAUUCCAAACAUGACCAAAAAUCUUCAAAGUGUCUCCUCCAAUGUGAAGAAAAUAUGCACAGAGCCCAUCCUAAUUGAUUCGGACAGUGAUCCAGAAGUCCAACAGACACCCGUUGCUAAGAGAAAUGGUGACACAGGCCUUCACAAGACUGAAUCCCAGCAGUUAGGUGACUCGGAGCCAACAGCAAUGCGAGAGGAGUCUCCAGACGACUCGACAGCGUCAGGAGAGGAACCGCCGGCCGACUCAACAGCGUCAGGAGAGGAACCGCCGGCCGACUCGACAGCGUCAGGAGAGGAACCGCCGGCCGACUCGACAGCGUCAGGAGAUGAACCGCCGGCCGACUCCACAGCGUCAGGAGAGGAACCGCCGGCCGACUCGACAGCGUCAGGAGAGGAACCGCCGGCCGACUCGACAGCGUCAGGAGAGGAACCGCCGGCCGACUCGACAGCGUCAGGAGAGGAACCGCCGGCCGACUCGACAGCGUCAGGAGAGGAACCGCCGGCCGACUCGACUGCGUCAGGAGAGGAACCGCCGGCUGACUCGACUGCGUCAGGAGAAGAACCGCCACCCGAUUCGACUGCGUCAGGAGAAGAACCGCCACCCGAUUCGACUGCGAGGGUAGAGGAGUCGAUAGCAAUGAGAGAGGAGUUGACACAUAUGGGAAACAAGUCUCCAGGUGUCUUGACUCCGGCGAGCGAGAAGUCGCCAACCUCACCAGAAAUCGAUGAGAAGGCCGACUCGACACCGACAGGAGAGAAGGAAGCUGUACAAACAGAAGAACCCUCAAGCCCCAAUUAA